AUGAGUUUUCGUAACAAGCCCAGCGCCAAUCAAGGGGAACGGCAACCCCUUGCACGAAGCCAACCCGAUAAUCAGACGAAGGAAGCCUACGAAAGAACGGGUACAGAAUCUAUGCCAGGAAGCUACCCCACUAGUCCCACGACAGAUACGAUAUAUUCUGGCGGAUACGGGGCCGGCUCUGGCCAGGUAUGGUCGAAUCAGGCACAGCGAGGGGUAGAUAUGCCAACAGGAAACGCUGAGCGAGGCAGCGGACCUGAGGAAAAGAACAGCUUGGGUCUCAUCGACCAAUCGGUCAACGGGACGAAAUUGAAGACUGAGUUCGAAGACGCGAAGCAAGGAAGAGACCGCGGCUUCGGGGGCGAAGAAGAUGAAUGGGGCAUCGAGAAAGGGGCAGAGAAGGACUUUUGA